AUGAGCAGCGGCGAUGUUGCAAGCGCAGGUAAGACUCAUUCAAAGCUGGUGGCGGGAGAACUGUCCUCAUUCAUUGCAGUUCCCUCCUGGAUAUCGACGGAAUUCCUACGAGCGGAAUUGGCACGGAGAAACGCGGAGGUUGUGAAGCCGCAAUGCGGAUCGGGGAAGAAGGGGAGUUACAACACGGGGGCGCAUGUCUUUGCGCUGUUCUUGAUACUGGCCCUGAGCACGAUAGCAUGCGGAUUUCCUCUAGUCUCUCGCAGAACUUCCAAGGGGGGCGCUGGGCCGAAAAGAUUCAUCUUCAUAUCACAACAUUUCGGAACCGGCGUUCUGAUCGCGACGGCUUUCGUCCAUCUGCUCCCGACCGCUUUCACGUCACUUACAGACCCAUGUCUGCCAUUCUUCUUCAGCCAGGGCUAUCACCCGUUAGCGGGACUAGUUGCCAUGCUCUCGGCAUUGGUUGUGGUCGGACUUGAGAUGUUCUUGACAACAAGAGGGGCUGGUCAUUCACAUUCGCAUGGAGAGGCGUGGGAUACGGAUCCGGAUAUGGAAGACGAACCACACAGUCAUGCUGGCAAUGGGUCGGCAGAACCUGCGAGGAGACCCAAAAACAGAUUGCGAAAUCUGAUAAUGAGCCGCCGACCAAAAGAUAUUGCCCUGGAGGACAUGGAUGCGUCCGAAGGACUUGUCGCAGGCGUUUCCCCCCUCUCGGUCUCGUCUCCAGCCAACCAGCCACAAUGCAACUACCACGAUGGAAAAGAUGAUGAUAAUGAUUCCGACCUGAACCUGGAUGAGCUAGAUCCUACUACCGAAGCUUUCGCAGGAUCUCCUACCGACAUGGAAACUACGCCCGCCGUGAACGGGUCUACUCUUACAGCUGAAGAUCAACAGAAAAGGCAGCUUCUCCAAUGUCUCCUAUUAGAAGCUGGGAUAUUGUUUCAUAGCAUAUUUAUCGGGAUGGCUGUCUCGGUAGCGACAGGGCCAACCUUUAUAGUCUUCCUUGUCGCAAUCGCCUUCCACCAAUCCUUUGAAGGUCUGGCAUUGGGUUCUCGAAUCGCGGCCAUCAACUUCCCCAAACACUCCCCCAGACCAUGGCUCAUGGUUCUAGCAUACGGAACGACGACACCAAUAGGACAGGCGAUUGGCCUGUCUGUUCACAAGCUGUACGAUCCGCGUAGUGCGGCUGGGCUGUUGACGGUCGGGUUUAUGAACGCCAUAUCAAGUGGGCUAUUGCUGUUUGCUGGUCUUGUACAACUACUGGCAGAGGACUUUUUAAGCGACAAGAGCUACAAGAUUCUGAAGGGUAGGCGGCGAAUUGAGGCUUUCGGUGCCGUUAUGGCAGGUGCUACAUUGAUGGCGUUAGUUGGAGCCUGGGCAUAA